AUGGCCGGCGAUAGUCUAGCGCCUCCCCAACCCACACUCAGUGUGAACACGCACGUCCGCCAAAAUAGCGAUGGCGACGACACAAUCGCACCCUCAAACUCAUCAACAAUAUCGAAUCCCUUCCUCACACCAACAAGAUCAAAUCCUUUUCUCACACCCAGCAACAGAAGUCGCGCCUCUAGUGUUGCGACGACAAUAGAUGUUCAAGAUGCCUUGCGGCCAGACCCCGGCACCGAGGCCGAUUUUCAAGUUGACAACAACCCAUUCGCAUACAGCCCUGGACAACUCGGCAAGCUCUACAACCCCAAGUCACUCCAGGCUUUCAAGGCGAUAGGAGGACUGCAAGGGCUGGAACGUGGCCUGCAAACCGAUCUCACCGCCGGCCUGAGCCUCGACGAAACUUCAGUGCCGGCCAGGGUCACAUUCGACGAAGCUGUCUCUGGGGCAGUAUCUCACUCAGAAAAAACCCCGUCCACAACCCACGCAUCAGACGCCUUCGCUGACAGAAUCCGGGUUUAUGGAAAAAAUGUCUUGCCUGCGAAGAAGGCGACCCCCCUGUGGGUGCUGAUGUGGAGAGCGUACAACGACAAGGUCCUUAUUCUACUCACCGUGGCCGCCGUCAUUUCCCUCGCCUUGGGCUUGUAUGAGACUUUCGGUGUUGAGCACAAGCCGGGCGACCCGCCCGCGGUGGACUGGAUUGAGGGUCUUGCCAUCUGUGUCGCCAUUAUCAUCGUAACGCUGGUCGGUUCUUUGAAUGACUGGCAGAAGGAGCGCGCAUUCGUUAAACUCAACACCAAAAAGGAGGAUCGCGAAAUCAAAGUCAUUCGUUCCGGCAAAUCCUAUCAGAUUAGCGUGCAUGACAUUCUUGUCGGAGAUGUUCUACACCUGGAACCCGGAGAUAUGAUCCCGGUCGAUGGAAUCUUCAUCGAGGGCCAUGAUCUCAAGUGCGACGAGUCUUCAGCCACUGGCGAGUCGGACGCAAUCAAGAAGACUGGAGGACACCAGGUAUUCAAAGCUUUGCAAGAGGGGCAGAAGACCAAGAACCUUGACCCAUUCAUCAUCUCUGGUGCCAAGGUCCUCGAGGGUAUGGGCACAUUUGUGUCAACCUCGGUAGGCGUCAACUCGAGUUUUGGAAAGAUCAUGAUAUCUGUCCGAACCGAUGCCGAGGUUACUCCAUUGCAGAGAAAGCUCGAAGGCCUCGCGAUUGCCAUUGCUAAGCUUGGCGCAACCGCCGCCCUGACCCUUUUUACAGUUCUCUUGAUACGCUUCUUGGUCAACCUUCCCAGGAAUGCGGGUGCUCCCGUAGAGAAGGCUUUCGAGUUCUUGGAUAUCCUGAUAGUCACAGUCACCAUCAUUGUCGUCGCCGUACCCGAGGGGCUGCCGCUCGCUGUGACGUUGGCCCUCGCUUUCGCCACCACUCGCUUGGUCAAAAAGAAUAAUCUUGUCCGCGUCCUCCGCUCUUGCGAGACCAUGGGAAACGCCACGACCAUUUGCUCGGACAAGACUGGUACUCUUACAACCAACAAGAUGACAGUAGUAGCGGGCACUUUCGGCACGUCAAGUUUUGCCAAGUCCGAAGGUGAUGAGUCCGGGGCGCAGACCGUGUCGCAGUGGGCAUCCGGUCUUUCAAGCGCUGCCAAGGAGCGGAUCAUUCAAUCUAUUGCCAUCAACUCAACAGCAUUUGAAGGCGUGGAGGACGGUCAAGCGGGCUUCAUUGGCUCAAAAACGGAAACAGCCUUGCUGCAGUUGGCUAAGGAUCAUUUGGGCAUGCAACCGCUAUCCGAGGUUCGCGCCAAUGAGCAAGUCGUGCAAAUGAUGCCCUUCGACUCCGGUAAGAAAUGCAUGGGCGCAGUUAUCAAGGCUCCCUCGGGUGGCUAUCGCCUAUUGGUCAAAGGCGCUUCGGAAAUCCUGCUCGGCUACUGCGCCUCAAAGGCAGACAGCCGCGACAUGAGCGAGGCGGAUUUAACUCCCUCCGAUCAGAAGGCUCUCCGUACCACCAUUGAUUCGUACGCCAAGAAGUCGCUUCGUACCAUUGGCUUGGUCUACCGCGAUUACCCCGAGUGGCCACCAGCUGGCGUUGAAUCAGAGAACGGCAAUGUCCAGCUCGCUGAUGUUCUUCACGACCUUGUCUUCCUUGGGCUCGUUGGAAUUCAAGAUCCUGUACGCCCGGGCGUACCGGAGGCAGUGAAAAAGGCUCAGCAUGCAGGCGUGGUUGUUCGCAUGGUCACUGGUGACAAUGCUGUGACUGCGCAAGCUAUUGCAACUGAGUGUGGCAUCUACACGGAUGGCAUCAUCAUGGAGGGUCCGGUCUUCCGAACGCUGAGUGACGAUGAUAUGAAUGAGAUUCUCCCUAAGCUUCAAGUCCUUGCUCGCUCCUCUCCAGAGGACAAGCGCGUUCUUGUUACUCGCCUCAAGGCCCUUGGCGAGACCGUCGCAGUUACGGGAGACGGUACCAACGAUGCACCUGCGCUGAAGGCAGCUGAUGUUGGAUUUUCCAUGGGUAUCGCUGGUACUGAAGUCGCAAAGGAAGCGUCUGCGAUUGUCCUAAUGGAUGACAAUUUUGCUUCGAUUAUUGAGGCCUUGAAAUGGGGACGGGCUGUCAAUGAUGCUGUUCAAAAGUUCCUCCAGUUCCAAAUCACUGUCAACAUCACGGCUGUGCUGAUUGCCUUUAUCAGCGCCGUUUCUACAGGAACUUCAGUCUUGACUGCAGUACAGCUGCUUUGGGUCAACUUGAUCAUGGACACUUUCGCAGCCCUCGCACUUGCGACAGACCCACCAACUGACAAGAUCCUUGACCGACCCCCGCAGCCCAAGAGCGCGCCUUUGAUCACCACCAACAUGUGGAAGAUGAUCAUCGGCCAAUCUAUUCUCCAGCUUGUCGUCACUCUAACCCUCUACUACGCCGGGCCCAAGAUCUUCGGAUUCGACAGCCCUGUCACGAAGGAGCAAUCAUUCCGACUCAGCACCAUGGUUUUCAACACAUUCGUCUGGAUGCAAAUCUUCAACGAGUUCAACAACCGCCGCUUGGAUAACAAGUUCAACAUCCUUGAGGGCGUCCAUCGCAACAAGUUCUUCAUUGGUAUUAACUUCAUCAUGGUUGGAGCUCAAGUUGGAAUUGUGUUCGGAGGCUAUGAUGCGUUCUCAGUCCGACCUCUCGAUGGCCCGAGUUGGGCUAUCUGUGUUGUCCUGGCCGCACUGUCCCUGCCCUGGGCAGUUUGCGUCCGUCUGUUCCCAGAUCCGUGGUUUGCCAGAAUUGCCAAGAUCGUUGGAACCCCGGUGGCUGUGGCGUACCGUGCCUCGGGCCGCUUUUUCUCGAGAGUUGGAAGACCUAUCAAAAAGAUGUUCGGCAGAGGCAAGUCCAAGGAUGCCAACCAACCGGAGCAGGAGGAGAAUCUGGGGGCAGUGGAUACUGCGCAAGGUGCCCCAGAGGUACUUGUGUCCGGGCCAGCGGCCCCCGUUAUCAACAUAGAAGACGUAGAGAAGGGUCACUCGUAG